GAAACAACCGGACAGAGGCGCACCCCAGGGCGCAUGCGUGCUGUGCGGCGCGGUCUCAGGGAAGGUGGGGGCUAUGGCAGCUGCUAGGGACCCUCCGGAAGUAUCGCUGCGAGAAGCCACCCAGCGAAAAUUGCGGAGGUUUUCCGAGCUAAGAGGCAAACUUGUAGCACCUGGAGAAUUCUGGGACAUAGUUGCAAUAACAGCGGCUGAUGAAAAACAGGAACUUGCUUACAACCAACAGCUGUCAGAAAAGCUGAAAAGAAAGGAGUUACCCCUUGGAGUUCAAUAUCACGUUUUUGUAGAUCCUGCCGGAGCCAAAAUUGGAAAUGGAGGAUCAACACUUUGUGCCCUUCAAUGUUUGGAAAAGCUCUAUGGAGAUAAAUGGAAUUCUUUUACCAUCUUAUUAAUUCACUCUGGUGGCUACAGUCAACGACUUCCAAAUGCAAGUGCUCUGGGAAAAAUUUUCACUGCUUUACCUCUUGGUAACCCCAUUUAUCAGAUGCUAGAAUUAAAACUAGCCAUGUACAUUGAUUUCCCCUUAAAUAUGAAUCCUGGAAUUCUGGUUACCUGUGCAGAUGAUAUUGAACUUUAUAGUAUUGGAGAAUUUGAGUUUAUUAGGUUUGACAAACCUGGCUUUACUGCUUUAGCUCAUCCUUCCAGUUUGACGAUAGGUACCACACAUGGAGUAUUUGUCUUAGAUCCUUUUGAUGAUUUAAAACGUAGAGACCUUGAAUACAGGUCUUGCCAUCGUUUCCUUCAUAAGCCCAGCAUAGAAAAGAUGUAUCAAUUUAAUGCUGUGUGUAGGCCUGGAAAUUUUUGUCAACAGGACUUUGCUGGGGGUGACAUUGCUGAUCUUAAAUUAGACUCUGACUAUGUCUACACAGAUAGCCUAUUUUAUAUGGAUCAUAAAUCCGCAAAAAUGUUACUUGCUUUUUAUGAAAAAAUAGGCACACUGAGCUGUGAAAUAGAUGCCUAUGGUGACUUUCUGCAGGCUUUGGGACCUGGAGCAACUGUGGAAUACACCAGAAACACAUCAAAUGUCAUUAAAGAAGAGUCAGAGUUGGUAGAAAUGAGGCAGAGAAUAUUUCAUCUUCUUAAAGGAACAUCACUAAAUAUUGUUGUUCUUAAUAACUCCAAAUUUUAUCACAUUGGAACAACCAAAGAAUAUUUGUUUUACUUUACCUCGGAUAACAGUUUAAAGUCAGAGCUCGGCUUACAGUCCAUAACUUUUAGUAUCUUUCCAGACAUACCAGAAUGCCCUGGCAAAGCAUCCUGUAUCAUUCAAAGCAUACUGGAUUCAAGAUGUUCUGUGGCACCUGGCUCAGUUGUAGAGUAUUCCAGAUUGGGGCCUGAUGUUUCAGUUGGGGAAAACUGCAUUAUUAGUGGUUCUUACAUCCUAACAAAAGCUGCCCUCCCUGCACAUUCUUUUGUGUGUUCCUUAAGCUUAAAGAUGAAUAGAUGCUUGAAGUAUGCAACUAUGGCAUUUGGAGUGGAAGACAACUUGAAAAAGAGUGUGAAAACAUUGUCAGAUAUAAAGUUACUUCAAUUCUUUGGAGUCUGUUUCCUGUCAUGCUUAGAUGUUUGGAAUCUUAAAGUUACAGAGGAACUGUUCUCUGGUAACAACACGUGUCUGAGUUUGUGGACUGCACGCAUUUUCCCAGUUUGUUCUUCUUUGAGUGACUCAGUUACAACAUCCCUAAAGAUGUUAAAUGCUGUUAAGAACAAGUCAGCAUUCAGCCUGAAUAGCUAUAAGUUGCUGUCCAUUGAAGAAAUGCUUAUCUACAAAGAUGUAGAAGAUAUGAUAGCUUACAGGGAACAAAUUUUUCUAGAAAUCAGUUUCAAAAGCAAUUUGAUUUAGAGAUAUUUUAAAUAUUGUACACUUUGCCUUUUUGAGUAACAUUCCAGAGAUAGGUAUUUUCUGUAGGCUGUUUCACUGAACUCAAUUAAUGAAAACUGUAUUAACAUAAUUGCUGUAGCAUAAUAUUAAUAGCGCAAAAGUACGUAUAAAUCAUUUUGAUGAAAAAUAUUUCAAGACUAAGUUGAGAAAAGAGAUACUAUUUUGGAUGUAUAUCAGUAUUUUUGUUUUUUAAUAAUGAUUGAUUUGUGGAGCAUUGUUUUUUCACAUAAUGAGUUUUAAAGGUAAUUUUUAAGCAUACCUUUGGAAUUUUUCCAUCUUUUUUGAGGCUUUUGAUCCAGUGAAGUUCUAAGUAUUCACUGGCACUUCUCUCCUCAACUGUAAUUCUAUUUUGAAUAAUAAAAAUGACAUACUGUAGGGUCUUCAGAGUAGUGUAGGAAUACUGUAGAAAUAUUUUUCAGAAACAAAUCCAUAGCUGAGAAAUUCACUUAGUGCCCAAUAUAUUGUGAUUAUUUUAGUUGAUAAAGAACUAGAUACAAAGACCUCUGAAAUUGAUGAUAAAAUUUGUAUCUCAUUAAUUUUAUCAAAAUGAAACUAAAAGUACAUAUGUAUUAUACACUUGAACAUGUGUUUGUGUAUCUUUAAAGUUUUCCUUUAUGUUCCAUUCCAUAGGAAAACACAUAUGCACACAAAACUCAGUUAUCUGUGGGAAAAGUGGUAGUAAUAAUUGAGAUUCAUCAAUAAUCAUAUAAUUUCACUGUAGACAUUACUUGCAUUAUCUCCCGUCAGUCCUUCUAACAAAACUUAAAUUACCAAAUGAACUGACUUUACUUUUCAUCUUAUUUUUUGUCCAUAUGCUGGUGAUGCUGAGAAACAAUAAUUGGCCCAAAUGCAGACAUCAAGAAGCAGGCAGGAAAAUGGAAAAACUGAGAUAAUACACACAUGAUAAACAGUUUCAAGAAAAUAAAAAUUGGCUAGAAUCUCAAGCUACGUGUUUCUAUAUUGGUAUAAGCAUAUAAGUGAAAAGUCUUAUAAGUGUAAUAGAGAAAAGAUUUGUCAGCGUUGUUUUUUUAGAUGAAAUAACUAGUCUGUGCUACUUUAUGUCAAUAUAAAAAUUGGCAAACUAGAAGUAACUUGUCCACAACCCUCAGUUAUGAUACUUGUGUGCGUGUUUUUUUUUUCCAAAGUUUUUCCCAAGGAGAAGAUACAAAUAUAUGGUAGCUAUUGUUUAAAAAUGAUUGAUUUACUUGCAGAUUUUUCAGAGGAUGUUACAUGUUUGUCAUUCAUUAAAUGUUCAAAAUUGUAGUUUUACCAAAUCUGAAGUGCCAUCAGUUAUAAGAAUCACCAUUAUUUUAUGUUCCAUUAAGAAACACACAAUAAAACAUGACACAAUGCUUUUUUUAUUGAAA